ACACACCUAGUAGGAAGUAUCAGUGUUUUCACACGCAAAAGAUGGGGUAAAUGUACACAUUUAUUAUAAAAUCUCAGUCCGUCGGUUCGAUCUGAAAUUAUGUUGCCUGGGGUGUUUUACGCGUUCCUGGCGGGGUUUCUGGCAGCUUUAGCAUCAUCUUCGGCAAAGUUAUCACUGGGUGCAGACUAUCUGAAGGAGGUGUGUGAGACAGGGCUGAACAUCUGGACAGAAAGACAGGACAGCACUUUGGAUCAGGGGCCUGACACCACAGUUUGUGACUGGUUACACAUACCCUUGCGGCUACUCUGUGGUGGUCUUCUGUUCACCUGCAACGCCGUGAUGUGGACGUUCUUCGCCAAAGCCCUCCGGCACUCAUCUUCCUCAGCUCGUGCCACUGUGACCACCACUGCCUCAAAUUUUGUAUUCUCUGCAUUCCUCGGACACGUGAUGUUUGGGGAAACACAUGCCAACUUAUGGUGGAUUGGUAUAAUUUUGACCUUAACAGGGCUUCUUGUUUUGCAUGGAUCAACUCCCCAGGCUUCAAUGGAACAUGUGUCUAAGAAAGAUGAAUAACAGAACACAAAGCAAAUAACAAGAAUAUUGAAAACGGAUACUUGAAAUUCAACUAAAGGACAAAGAUGGUAAAUUAUAAAAAAAAACACUUCAAGAUUAUAUUUUCAUCUGAAUAUAUAUGCAGAACUGUAUGUUGAAAUUAUUUGUGUUGAGAUUUUUUUUCUCAGAUUGUUGUUUUGAAAAUGUUUGUAAAAGAUUUUCAUAUUUUAGGGUUAUAAUAAUGUGUGUAAAAACACAAAACAAAAUCAAAUAGAUGCAAAGCAUAGAUUUGUGUGUGUUUGUUUUUACCUAUAGCCGUAUAUUAUUUACUGUAUACUUAAACAAUUAAGGGCUGUAACACAGCAUGCUUGACCUGAAUUGAUACAUUGCAAUUGCAUAACCUAGACUCUAUUAUUUGGAAGAGAAAACAUUAUGUUUUUGGUAUUAAAUAUUACAAAGAUGAAGCCUAGCACUCAAAAGUUUGAACAUACAUUGAAUUUAUAUUUCUAAUGAUUUAAGCCAUUGAAUUUUGUUUUGGUUUUGUAGGCAACAAUCAAAAUCUAAAUUAAUUUCUAAAAUCAAAAUAUUAACAACAAAUAGUAAUCUUAGUAAUUUCUUCUAAGAUACUUGUUUCAAUCUCAGGUUAUUUCAAACUUAGUUCAGUGACAUUACUGUACACCUUUUGUUGCAAUGUAUUUGUGACCCAUGGUUGGGUCAGAUAUGUGCACUUUCUAGGUUAUUUACACCAGCAGUUAAAAAAAAAUAUUUUAACAUUUUCAUAUUUUAGCAUCUUUUAGAAUGUAUAGACAGUGGAUGAACUGUAUGGAAACCACUGACCAGUUACUAAAAUGAGUUUAUAACUGUGUGUUUAUUGAUUCACCCAUAAUCAAAACUGUGAAAUACCUCAUAGAAAAAAGCACAUUUAUUAACUUUUAUUAAAGUUGUGCAGUCAUAUGACACAUCAAACAAUGAAAAAAUGCAGAUAUAUGAUGUUUUAAAAAAAAAAGAUAAAACAUUAAAAGGCAUGCUAUUGAAGAAUAAGAAAUAAAGAACAAGAUCGAACAAUAAAAUCCUGGGAUGGUAAAUCUUAAAAACAUUUCCAAAAAAUACAGAAAAUAUUUUUUACUUAAA